GUUAGUUUUGUUCACGUCAUCCGAACGCGCUGAGGGAACACAUAGACAUAGAAAAACAUAGAAGCUGCAUGACGAAGACUCUACGAAGAUCCUGUUCAUGUCCCAGAAGGACGUGUCGCCUCUCUAUGUGGUCCGCUUCUAGGUACGCCACGCUGAUAACCCUCCGCUCGCAGACUCGUCGGGUUAGCGCAGAGUUGUCGAACCGGCUGACAGACGCAGCCGAGACAGCGGAGGAUUGCCCGUCAUCACCAACUGUUACACGGCCUCACCGACUCGCCCCGUUCGCUUGGACCCAGUAUUGUGUUUCACAGAUGCUGGUUUGAAGCGGGAAUCGGCCGCCCGGCGUUAGACAACCUCCACCUGUUACUUUGCCACCCGUGUUGCUACGUCGAGGGGCUAACUUAGCUAACUUCAACGCAACUGCUGACUGCUAGCUCACAUUAGCUAUUUGUCACAGUUUGUGCUGCUGCGUAUCAUAGCAAGGUUGCCAACAUGCUGCAGUGAGUGAUUUACCCAGUGUUGAUAUUGAUAAUGGCCAUCUGGGGGGCUCAAGGAUGCUCCAAUCCAGAGGGCUGCCCAACGCCUCAGCCCAAUUCCACCAGGGCCUACUGUUACUCAGCCCGAAUUCCCAGCACAGUACUCCAGGGCUUGCCUUUCGGAGGGGUACCAACUGUCCUCGCUCUUGAUUUUAUGUGCUUCUUGGUGCUGCUGUUUGUGUUCUCCUUCUUGAGAAAAGUAGCAUGGGAUUAUGGGCGCCUCGCUUUGGUGACCGACACCGAAAGACGAAUGGAUCAGCGGUACAGUCGCCUGGAUGAUCGGGAAUAUAUGGCCUCUACGAUGACAUCAGACACAACUGAACGCUAUGAACGCCUCACAUCAGUUUCCAGCUCUGUGGACAUUGAUCAGAAAGACACAGGUUUCUGCUCCUGGCUAACUGCUAUCUUCCGCAUCAAGGAUGAGGAGAUACGGGAAAAGUGUGGGGAGGAUGCAGUGUAUUAUUUGUCCUUUCAGCGCCACAUCAUUGGCCUGCUGGUUGUGGUGGGCGUGCUUUCUGUGGGCAUCAUCUUGCCCGUUAACUUCUCUGGAAAUCUACUGGAAAAUAACGCCUAUAGUUUUGGGCGAACAACUAUAGCAAAUUUGAAUGCCAAUAAUGCACUACUGUGGCUGCACACCACCUUUGCAUUCCUCUACCUGUUACUGACAGUGUACAGCAUGAGACGGCACACCUCCAAGAUGCACUACAAGGAGGACGACCUGGUGAAACGCACCUUAUUUGUCAAUCGAAUCUCCAAAUAUGCAGAGGAGAGUGAGAUAAAGCAGCACUUUGAAAAUGCAUAUGAAAAUUGUGUUGUAUUGGAAGCUCGAAUCUGUUACGAUGUUGCCAGACUGAUGAAUCUCAACUCUGAUCGGAAGAAGGCUGAACGCAACAAGAAGUUUUUCAUCGACCUGCAGGACAAGGAGCACAUAACAACCAUGGUCAACCCAAAGCCCUGUGGACACCUUUGCUGUUGCAUCAUCAAAGGCUGUGAGCAGGAAGAGGCAGUUGGUUACUACACCAAGCUGGAGGGACAACUAAAAGAAGACUACAGGAAGGAGAGAGAGAAGGUCAACAGGAAACCUUUAGGAAUGGCCUUUGUCACUUUUCAGAAUGAGUCCAUAACUGCCAUAAUUUUGAAGGACUUUAAUGCUUGCAAGUGUCAGGGCUGUCACUGUCGUCAGGAGCCCAAGAGCUCUCAGUUCAGUGCCAAGCUGCACACACACAACUGGACUGUCGGCUAUGCCCCCGACCCACAGAAUGUCUACUGGGAGCAUCUGUCAUUGGGAGGAUUCCCCUGGUGGAUCCGCUUCUUCAUCAUCAACUGUGUCCUCUUCCUCCUCCUGUUCUUCCUCACCACCCCAGCCAUCAUCAUCUCCACGAUGGACAAGUUCAAUGUGACCAAACCAGUGGAGUACCUAAAUAAUCCAAUCAUCACCCAGUUCUUCCCCACCCUCCUCCUGUGGUCCUUCUCUGCCUUACUUCCUACUAUUGUCUACUACUCUGCCUUCUUUGAAGCACAUUGGACCCGCUCAGGAGAGAACAGGACAACGAUGCAUAAAUGCUACUCUUUCUUGAUCUUCAUGGUCCUGUUGCUGCCCUCCCUAGGACUCAGCAGUUUGGAUGUUUUCUUCCGCUGGCUUUUUGACAAAAGUUUCUUGGCAGAUGCUGCAGUGAGAUUUGAGUGUGUGUUCCUUCCUGACAAUGGAGCCUUUUUUGUGAACUAUGUCAUUGCGUCCGCUUUCAUUGGAAACGCCAUGGACCUGCUGAGGAUCCCUGGUCUGCUCAUGUACAUGAUCCGGCUCUGCUUGGCCCGCUCUGCAGCUGAGCGACGGAACGUCAAAAGGCACCAAGCCUAUGAGUUCCAGUUUGGGGCAGCUUAUGCCUGGAUGAUGUGUAUCUUCACUGUGGUUAUGGCCUACAGCAUCACCUGUCCAAUCAUCGUCCCUUUUGGGCUGAUGUACAUGCUGCUUAAACACUUAGCAGACAGGUACAACAUGUACUACGCCUAUCUGCCAUCCAAACUGGACAAGAAGAUCCAUUCUGGAGCUGUCAACCAAGUGGUGGCUGCUCCUAUUCUCUGUCUAUUUUGGCUUCUCUUCUUCUCCACUGUCCGCUCGGGGUUCUCAGCUGCAACGUCCAUGUUCACAUUCAUAGUUUUGAUCAUCACAAUCAUCAUCUGCCUCUCUCAUGUCUGCUUUGGACAUUUUAAAUAUCUCAGUGCUCACAACUAUAAGAUUGACACCCAGGAUGUUGAUGGAUUGGAGAAUGGGCGUCCAGUGUGCACCUCUGCCACCAGCAAGGCAGGGCAAAUGUACAUUGCUCAGGUACUUCAGGACCCAAAUUCAGAGGAGGCUGGUUCAGGAAGUGGCGAGGACGACGGCCAGGGAUCCUCGCAGGACGAGGAAAUAAUCAAUGUGGAAAAUGGCUUGAAUGAGGACUUCCAGUCUGGUGAGGACAGCCUCAUCGAUAAUGAAGUGCGGCAGUGACACUGCCUAAAACAGGAAUUGAAAAACCACCUGAGUUAACUUGAGGAGUGCACUGAUCUCAUGAACUAAACUAGGAACUGGACCAACAGUUCUCCAAAGCAUCUCAACCUCCAUCGAGGGACUUUACACUAACGUAAGCACAUUGUCUACUGAGCAGUAAAUGGAUUGCUGCUCAAGGACACGUCCUCCAUUGGGUCUCACCAAGCGACAGUUUCUGUGGGAAUGUACACUGACAGUGUACGGCUGAUUAAGAUGAGGCCCACCCUGAAACACUGCACAUAGACCUGUGAAAGAAAGAAACUAAUGCACAAAUGAAGAAUGUUUUGCCUUGUCCUGUAAGGGGUGUAAUAUUCUGUCUGUAUUUCCUUAACAAUAUUGCACUUCAAAGAGAGGGACUGUCCUAUGUGAGCAAGUUACACCAACAACCGUAGUACGGCAUGCCUGGAGGGACUCUCCCAUAGUCCUUGCAAAUAUCUCUCAAUGACUGCACCAGGUUCUUCCCCAAAAGAAGCGGAGAGAGGAGAGCAAGAAACAUUUUCACACAGGCAUAAAGCUUGGUCUGUGCAGAAAGUUGAGGUCUCAAAAUAAAUUCUUCCAUUAACUAAUCAUGUCCAAUUCCAAGCUUUCAUCAGUGCUACUAACAGUCUCUUUGACACUGUACAACUCUACAUUUGUUAAGCUAUUUUAUUUGUGUGAAUGGGAUUUUAAAUGCCAUCAAGAUUGAUACAUCACUACACUGGUAAUUAUGUUUUGCCCUUCCCAUCCCUGAGCCUCUGUUGGUACUGCUAUUGGACUACUGCUGCUACUGAUGCUGCCCCUGUAGGGGACAAUCCUUGCAUUGCUGCUGCAGGAGGACUGAAGGUCAAGAUCCUGCUGAUCCUUUUGCUCAGGGAUGGAGAGAGAGGCCAUGUGUGGGUUUUUUUUGGGGUCAGCUGCAGAUGAUACCCUUUGGCCUCAUUAAGACCUGGUAUUAGCGUCCACUCACAAGUGGACAGCCCUAACUUCAUCUGUUCACAUCUGGCAUUGAAAUGCGUUCCUCAUUGUGUCCCCUGUGACCACUUGAGAUCUGAUCUCACUUCCUGACUCUAUAUGCAAAAAAUCAUGGAUGUAAUUUGUGGUCAUGUACGUCUCUUGUGUUCGCAAAGACCAAAUUGCGUUGAUUUUAGCCUGAGUUUAGGGCUGUGUGUAUUUGGGUGUGUUUAGUUCUCUAAUUGGUGCUGACCACUUGUGGUGGGAUCACUGAGGACAGAUGCUGAUACCAGGUCUGAAUGGGCUCAUUGUGACUAGUUCUCUUAUCUGUUGUAUUCACUGUUAUCUUUAUCAUGGAUGGUUUUAUUUUUUAUUAUUUUCAUAAGAUCUGUUUAGAUGGUGGGACUCACUGGAUAUGCAUACACGUUUUUUGUUAACAUUCAAACAGUCUAAUAGAAGUUCUCACCUUGUAUCCAUAACUCAACAGUAAAAUGUCGCUGCACCUUCAAACUGCAAAACUAGAAUGUUUCUGUGCGCUUUGUCUUUUUUUAGAUUUACAUUCUUGUUAGAAAGAUGACAAAUAUCAACAAUUGACUGUCGUUCUUUCCAAAGGGCCGUUAAGUACAACAGAUUUAUAUACUGUAUAUAUUUACUUUCCCACUAGGCUCUUUGAACAAUAAAUCUGUAUUUAAUCAA